AUGGUAAACUUUUCGGUUCCAUAUUGGCUCAUUUACUAUUACCACAUAAUCGGUGUAAUUUCCCUGCUUUUCGACGCUUUCUCUGUGUAUUUGGUGCUGUUUAAGAGCACACGAGUUGAUAAUUUUCGGUUUUUUCUGCUAAAUUUUCAGAUAGCCUGCUCUUUUACAGAUUUUCAUAUCACUUUUCUGUUCCAACCAGUCCCCUUGUACCCGUUAUUGAGCGGAUACGGUCUUGGAUUUCUGCCCACUUACCUAGGAAUCUCUACACAUUCUUGCAUGACAAUUGUGGUUUUCCUGUACACCUACCAAAUCGCUUGUAUGAUAAUUUGUUUCAUUCGGAAGAAUCAAGUGAUAGCCGGGACACUGACAUCGUACGCUAUUCCAGCACCACUUGUCAUAUGUCUAGUGAGCUUUAUGGCAGCUUACACGAUUACAGUGGCUGGAAUGUACUCUUGUUUGGGUGUUGCGGAGAGUGAGAAGAUGAAAUUUGUGGGCGAGAACUUUCCCGAAUACCUCUCACCUUUCCAAUCCCUCCCGAACUUUUCUAUCUACGAAGCCAACUCCCUCAUCUUCAUUGUGGUGAUCACUGCUGUCACGGGCGCUUUCAUAGCCUUCACGUUCUUCAUGGCAAUUUUAUAUAACAUUUUUCGAAUGCUGGGCUUUAUGAAACUUCAAAUGUCUGCCACAACGUAUAAGCAGCACCGCGCCGCCGUAUGAAGCUUGAUCGCUCAAUUCGCCACGUCGAUAAUUUGCUUUUCGCCGCCAAUAUUUCUAGUUUUCGUCGUAUUUUUCCAGCUUCCCCAUGCCCAGGUUAUCGUCGAGCUUCUCCUCGUCGUCGCCUGCCUCCACUCGCCCGCCAACGUGACAGUACUAAUGUUCACAUUUUCGCCAUACCGGAAAUACGUUUGUGAGAAUAUUUUAAGGCAAAAAUCAACUAGAUUGGGGCCCAUUUCUGCAAAUACUUCAGUGCUGGUUUCUCAUUUGGCAAAGUGA